AUGAUCUUAAAAUUAACCCCUAGAACAGAUAAAACGAAAUGUAUUGAGAAUCAGGAAACAAAUUGUUCAAAAACACCCAAGAAAGAAACAACCCAAGAAACACCUAAAGAAGUACCUAAAGAAGAAGAAUUAACCUCAACAUCUAACGAUGAACCUAAGAAGGGCGUUCCAAUCAAAGAAGUGAUUAAAUACAAGGAACUUGAAAAUGAUGAAACAUCUAAAGGCAGUUCAGCGACAUCCGAUGAAUCCCAAGCAGAACACAAACUAGACAAAUUAAAAAAUAGUGUAAUAAUUGGUUCAGUGAUAGGAAUAGUAUCCGGAGUCAUUAUUUUUGUAACGUGUUUUGCAAUUGCAUACGUGAAACAUAAAAAUCAAGAACAAAUUAUCCUUCUAACUCCAGAGAAUAAUGAUAAGAUUAUAGAUUUGAAUAAGUCUCUUAAUAAUGAGGAAGUUAUGGUCAAUAAUGUAUAA